AUGACUGAUAAAUUAUAUACAUUUUCGACUCUAUUUGAAUACAAAUAUGAAAACGUAAAUCCAAAAGGUAACUAUGUUUAAAGAUUUCAAUCGAAAAACAGGAAGAUCACUUCUAAUCGCCCAGAUUAUGAAUUGCCCAAUAACUCAAUCCAAACCAGUAAAUACACCAUAAUCAACUUCAUUCCAAAACAACUAUAUGAGCAAUUCUCUAAAUUAGCAAAUAUCUAUUUUGUGAUUAUAGGAGCUCUGCAAAUGAUUCCAGAAGUUUCAAUCAGUUCUGGAGUUCCGACAAUUUAUCUACCUCUAGGCUUUAUUAUCCUGAUAAGUGGAGCUAAGGAUUUCUAUGAGGAUUACAAACGUCGUAUAUCUGACAAUGAAGAAAAUAGACAACCUAUUUUAACCUACGAUGGUUACAAAUUUGUGUCCAUACCCUCAAGUUCACUUUAUGUGGGUUAGAUCAUAAAAGUUCAUUAAGACGAAGUCGUGCCUGCUGACAUCCUCAUACUCAGAAGUAGUGAGCAGAAGGGUAUCUGUUAUGUUGAAACCAAAUCAUUGGACGGAGAAACAAAUCUUAAAUAAAAGAAUGUACACAUAGAUCUAUUAUAAACUUAUACCUCAGAUGACUGCUUUGGUUAGGAGGAUAAGAGAAUUAUUUUAAAAUACUAGGCACCCACUCCUUAUCUUUAUUAGUUCAUAGGAGAAACAACCAACUCAUAAUAGAAGGUGUCUGCUAUGAAUUUCAAUAAUUUCAUUCUCAGAGGGUGCAAUCUAAGAAACGUCAAGUAUGUUUUUGGAUUGGUGACUUAUACAGGGAAGGACACCAAAAUAAUAAUGAAUUCAACCAGAGCAAGGUCUAAACGAAGCAAAUUGGAACAGCAAAUGCAGAAAUUCAUACUCAUAAUCUUUUUAACCCAAUUAAUCUUGUGCAUAGUGGCAUCCAUCGUUUAUGCAAUAUCGUUUUAUAAUAAAAGGAAUUAAUUAAGUUAUUUAUAUAUAGAGCCUUCUGAUAAUGAAUAUAACAUAGCUUAUAACUUCUUUGUUAGAUUUGGUAAUUGGAUACUCAUCUUUACAAAUUUUGUGCCGAUAUCUUUAUUGGUCACAUUGGAGAUGGUGAAGUUUAUUCAAGGCAAAUUUAUGACUUUGGAUGAAAGAUUAAAUUAACCUAAAGUACAAUCAUCAAAUUUGAAUGAAGAAAUGGGUUAAGUAGAACAUAUAUUUUCAGACAAAACUGGUACAUUAACGUGUAAUAUUAUGGAAUUUAAAUAAAUAAUCAUAGGUAAUUAAAAUUAUGGUGAUGUAAAUGAAAAUUAAGAGGAUUACUUAAGCAACGAUGAAAUACUUUCAUAUCCACAAGUUACGAAUGUAGAUUUUAGAGAUAAAAAGCUUAUAGAGGCAAUCUAAGAUGAGAAUCACUUUAUGCACAAAUAAGUGAAAGAUUGUCUAUUAAUGCUAAGCAUUUGUCAUACUGUGAUUGCUGAUUUGAAAGAUAAUAAAUUAAUAUAUAAUGCCACAUCUCCAGAUGAAUUGGCUUUAUUGAAUUUUGCUAGAUUUGUGGGAUUUGAAUUUUUGGGUACUGAUGAGAAUGGAAUAAAGAGAGUGAGAUAUCAAAAUGACAUCCUGGAAUUCCAAUUGUUGGAGGUAUUUGAAUUCACUUCUCAACGAAAACGAUAAUCUAUAGUGGUAUAGAUGAGAAAUUCAAAGGAUAAUAUCAUAUUGUAUUCGAAGGGAGCAGACUCAAUUCUAUUAUCAGAGACAAAGUUGUCUAAGAAGGAAUUGCAGAGUGAGGAUUACCAUAAUCUGGAAAACAAAUUGCUUGAUUAUGGCAAGGUUGGAUUAAGAACAUUGGUUCUAUGCAAAAGGACAAUAGAUAUUUAGACAUAUUAAGAAUGGAACAAGAGGUAUUAAGAAGCAGCAUAGAGUCUUGAAAACAGAGAAGAGAGAAUGUAAACAUUAUAAGAUGAACUAGAAAAGAAUUAUGAAAUCUUGGGAGCAACAGCAAUAGAAGACAAACUGCAAUAGAAUGUAGCAGAGACAAUAUCAGCAAUUAAAUAAGCAGGAAUUAAGGUAUGGGUCUUAACAGGAGAUAAGAUAGAAACAGCGAUAAACAUAGGAUACUCUUGUCAAUUACUCACAAAUGAAUUGGUGUAACAUGUAGUCGAUGAAAAAAUGGAAUCACUUGUAGUGGAGAAGUUGAAUGAGACAAUAGGCUUGAUUAGUAAGUAACCACAUAAUUAACAUGCCCUAAUUAUCUCAGGAGAUGCCUUACUGCAUUCUUUGAAACCACAUAUUCGCAAAAACAUGAUUCAGAUAGGCGAAUCAUGCAACGUAGUAUUGUGUUGUCGUGUAAGUCCAAAGUAGAAAUAGGAUGUAGUUACAUUGAUUAGGAAUCAAAAGAAGAAUGUGUGUACUUUGGCUAUUGGAGAUGGAGCCAAUGAUGUAAAUAUGAUAACAGCAGCACAUGUGGGAAUAGGCAUCAGAGGAGUGGAAGGACAAUAAGCAUCUAGAGCUGCUGAUUAUAGUGUAUAAGAAUUCCAAGAGUUGAGAAGACUAUUGUUUUACCAUGGAAGGGAAUGCUAUAGGAGAAACAGUACUUUAGUGUGUUACACCUUCUAUAAGAACAUCUUGGUUGUGCUUCCGCAAUUUUGGUAUGGAAUCUUAUCGAUGUACUCUGCUUAAUCCUUAUAUGACACAUUCAUUUAUUAGCUAUUCAACAUAUUGUAUGCAGCCUUGCCAAUCAUGAUCUAUGGAGUCUUUGAUGAAGAACAUGAUUCGGAUGCUCUAACCGAAAAUUCUCAAUAUAACUAUUACGAAUAAGGUCCUUAGGGUAAACUAUUCAAUCUUAAGAUAUUUCUAUUUUGGGUGUUCCAAGGAUUGUGGCAGACAUCCAUCAUUUGUUUCUUUCCUACUUUCUGUAUGUCAUCCAACUUCAUCGAUGAUAAUGGAUACAUGCAACAUCUGUGGGCUUAAGGCACAAUGAUUUUUGGAUUAGUUAUUGUUGUUUGCAAUCUAAAAGUCCUCAUAUUCUCAAAUGUUUACACUCCCGCUUUAUUAGGAAGCAUAUCUUUUAGUAUGCUCUCGUAUUUGAUUUCCUGGAUUAUAUUGGAUAAUAUCAGUCAGGCUGAAGCUUAUGUUGUUUUAGAGAGUUUAUUUGCAACUCCGAACUUCCAUUUUGGGAAUGUUCUAGUUAUUGUAACCAUUGCGGCCAUUGAUUCGGCUAUCAAUUUGAAGUUAAGGAAGAUGAUGAUUGCCUCGAAAAAGAAGAAUCAACCGAUUUAUUAGCAACCAGAGAAGAAUGAACAAAUAAUCAAAGUGAUUAAUAGAGCCAAUACUGGAUUCGCAUUCAAUUAUUUGGAUGUAGAUGAACUUGAAAAUCAAGAAAAAAUUGAAGUAUAUAACCUAGAAAAUUAAGUGGUCCCAGAAAACUUUAAUAACAAUAUAUAUUGA